AUUGAUUUAGUGUGUUCACAUGAUAUUGAUAUCAUCAGUUCAGAUGCUAUCUAUUGCUAACCAAAAAGCGUUCAACGUGUUGUUUUGCUUUCCUUUUUAAAUGACUAACUUUUUGACACAUUUUUUAUACAUGAAGCCACUUGCUGUCACCGUUACUCUUGUUGCUGCUGCUCUUGCCAGAGAGGGGGUUUACCAGGCUGAGCCCAUAUAUGCAGCCUCUGUUCCGGAUGGAGUUAACCUGGCACCCGCUAGCAGUAAUAAAAUACCGGCACCUGUGCCAGCUCACCCUAUCAUCGGUCCCACAUCUGCAUCCAGGGUGACCAACAUAGCUGUUGAACCAGUUUGUGCUGCCUUAGUCAUAGCGCCUGUACCAGCAACUCCAGCUUUUGCCUCGAUUUACAAUUGGCAUACACCUACACCCCUUUUAGACAGACAGGUUCAUGAUUUAGAACCACUCUUUGUUGCCCACGUUUAUCUGCCUGUGCCUACUCUUAAAACUUUGCUCCUGCCUCUGUCUCCGGGCUAUGCUGCUGCUACUAUUGGCAGUAUUUUUAAAGACACGACUCCUGGACCUACCUCUGAAUACGCCGCUAUCGUACAUGUUCCUAUGCCCGCGCAUAUCCCGGAUAGUGGCUAUUUGGCUUGUUACUGAGCUUGAGUCAAUUUCCUUUUUGCGUACAGCGACUGCUUUCAAACCUGCAACUGCAAAUGCAACCCGAUUGCACAUUAAUGUUCUGUUUAAUAUAUUAAGGUGGC